GUCAAAAUUGUGUGGACACAUUAACGUCUCAACAAUGCGUACCCGAUUGACCUAGUUUUCACUGGAUUUUGGUUUAAUUGUGGAUCCUAACUAUGAUUCUGAAGUGACUGCACUGGGAGUUGGUGGCCGAGAAGGUAUCAAUCUACUGCUAGUAUUCAUACCAGAACAUCGUCGUAUAUGGAGGACACAAUAAAUCAUUAUUCGUAAUCUGACACAAACGCGUUACCAGCUCGUCAAUUUAAGAUGGUUAAAUGAAUGGUGGCUGAAUUAACGUACAACCAAACAAAAAAGACAAAAAAACACCACCUGGUUUUAGGGGAAUCUCUCCAGAAAUCCGAUUUGGCAAUUAUAUAUAAAAGUACAUUGAUCGCACUAAUUAAGAACCCUUGCUCAACAUGCCACACGUUACAAGAAAAUGGGAACUCUUUCCUGGCAGAAAUAUAUUUUGCUGUGAUGGACGAGUUAUGAUGGCGCCGCAAACCAGCGUCUUUUACGUCACUGUGUGUUUGAUCGCUGGGACUAGCGGAUUAUUCUUUGCAUUUGACUGUCCCUUUUUAGCUACCAACAUAACUCCUGCAAUACCAGUCAUCGGUGGGCUACUUUUCAUAUUUGUCAUGUCUACACUGUUUCGGACAAGUUUCAGUGAUCCUGGUGUCAUUCCGAGAGCGACACCUGACGAAGCUGCGUACAUAGAGAAGCAAAUUGAAGUACCUAACAAUGAUAACUCACCAACAUACCGUCCUCCACCUCGGACGAAAGAAGUUUUAGUUAAAGGACAGCCUGUGAAAUUGAAAUACUGUUUCACUUGUAAAAUAUUCAGGCCACCUCGAGCCUCGCAUUGUAGCUUAUGUGACAACUGUGUGGAAAGGUUUGAUCAUCACUGCCCAUGGGUCGGAAACUGUGUGGGGCGAAGAAAUUACAGAUAUUUCUAUGCCUUUAUUGUAUCGCUGGCGUUCCUAUGUGUUUUUAUAUUUGCUUGUGCAAUUACUCACCUCAUAAUGCUCACAAGAGAUAAUAUAGCGUUCCUAGAUGCUGUAAAAGUAUCUCCUGGUAGCGUGGUCGUUGGUGUCGUUUGUUUUUUCUCCGUUUGGAGUAUUUUGGGACUUGCAGGGUUCCACACGUACCUGACAACUAGCAAUCAAACUACAAAUGAAGAUAUAAAAGGUUCAUUCACCAGUAAAAGGGGGCAGGAAAGUUUUAACCCAUACAGUCAGGGCAAUGUGUGUGGAAACUGUUUUUACGUUUUGUGUGGACCAGCACCUCCAAGCCUUAUUGAUCGUAGGGGUAUAGUGACUCCGGAAUAUAGAGCCGAGCAAGAAAGAGGCGGAGAUGAAAAUGUGAUCGUUAAUAACAAAACGUAUGGUACUGUUAAAACUGUACAGCCCCAGUUGAAUGGCAUAGGCGUAUUCACAAAUCCAAGCAACGAGGUUUCAGGCUCAAUAAAUAAUUUGAGUACUGCUCAACACUCUCCGUCUCAAGGUCGACGGAUAGAAUCAAUCAACGGUAGCACUACAAAUAGUGUAAGCCAGCUUGUCUCCAACGAAAUCCCCUUAGCGUCACUUAGCUUGAUGCCACUGGAUAUCGAUGAAGUAGCACCAUUACCUUCUCGCCAGAACACUUCGUCAAUAGACACAUCGAUUAUCCCGCCUGUAGCUGUAACAACGCCAUUAUCUGCGUCUAGGCUCAGGUUGCUGCAGGAUACUACAAUGAUUGAGUCAGCGCUAGAUUUAGACUCAUUGGAAGAAGCUAGCGUAGGUCGAGGUAGUCAAGCAGGUCUCAUUAAAUUAGGUGCAGUUUGAGUACAGUUCUUAUUUUAGUAAUAUUAUAAUUCGUUAUUACUAUUUAGCUAAUAUGCAGGUAAUUGUUCAGAAGAG